UUCAUUGGUUUUUAUUUUUCGUUACCAAGGAGUCCAGGUUUCGUGUCAUAGUUGUAAAACCUCAGCAAUCCCUCAGUAUCAUUUAGCCAUGUCCAAUGGAACUAUAUACAGCUUCUGCAGCUCCAGUUGUGUGGUGGCUUUCCAGAAUGUAUUUAACAAGCCAAAAGGAACAAACUCUUCAGCAGUGCCCCUGUCUCAGGGCCAAGUAAGCCUGCCCUCUGGGUCAGCAGUGUCAGCAGGAGGAGGUAGCACCUUUGCCUCUUCCCCCAGCUCCAUCAGUGGCUCUGCAGCAGCGGGUCUCCAGUCUCCUGCUGCAGAUGCCCAGCAAGUUGCUCCAGCCCAUGCAGUUGUUAAACUCAAGUGUCAGCACUGCAACCAUCUGUUUGCCACAAAACCUGAACUUCUUUUCUAUAAGGGUAAAAUGUUUCUGUUUUGUGGCAAGACUUGCUCUGAUGACUACAAAAAGAAAAAUAAAGUUAUAGCAAUGUGUGACUACUGUAAACUACAGAAAAUUAUAAAGGAGACUGUACGAUUCUCAGGGGUUGAUAAGCCAUUCUGUAGUGAAGUUUGCAAAUACCUGUCUGCCCGUGACUUUGGAGAACGGUGGGGAAACUACUGUAGGAUGUGCAGUUAUUGUUCCCAGACAUCCCCUAAUUUGGUAGAAAAUCGAUUAGAGGGCAAGUUAGAAGAGUUUUGUUGUGAAGAUUGCAUGUCUAAAUUUACAGUUCUGUUUUAUCAGAUGGCCAAAUGUGAUGCUUGUAAACGACAGGGUAAGCUAAGUGAGUCCAUAAAAUGGCAAGGAAACAUCAAACAUUUCUGUAACCUAUUUUGUGUCUUGGAGUUUUUUCAUCAGCAAAUUACGAAUGACCCUGUUUCACAAAGGAAAGUAAAUAUUUCUAAGACACCAGCUGCUUCAGUGGCGCUCCCUUCUACAAGGACAAAUACAACGCCAGUUAUAACCAGUGUGGUGUCACUGGCAAAAGUGUCUCCUGCCCAGCCCACAGGGAACACUAGCAGUGUUUUAAAAGGUGCAGUAACUAAAGAAGCAACAAAGAUCAUUGAAGAUGAAAAUACGCAGACAGAUGCCAUGAAACUUCCAUCUUCCCAGUCUUCCAGGCUUUUAAAGAACAAAGCAUUACUGUGCAAGCCAGUCACCCAGACCAAGGCCAUCUCUUGCAAACCACAUACACAACACAAGGAAUGUCAGACAGGAUUAAAUAUGAGGAGCAUUGCCAGCAUUGUUUUUGAGCACCUGGAAGGACUUUCUCAAAUGUUCAACGACUGUUAUCCAUCAGAAGAAGACUUGCGUUCUGGAAAUUUGUGGAUACUUAAUCCUUUUAUGAAUCACCAAAAUAGCAAUCUCACGGACUUUGAAGAAGAAAAACUGGGACAAUUAUCUUCAGAUUUAGAAUUACAAUCAGUAUUUAAGUCAGUGUCUGUAACUCAAUUUUGGAUAAAUGCAAAGACAAGUUACCCAGAACUCUAUGAAAAGGCAAUGCAAUUUUUAUUGCCUUUUUCAACUAUUUAUUUAUGUGAUGCUACAUUUUCAGCUUUGACUGAGUCAAAACAAAGGAAUCUGUUGGUUUCUGGCCCUGCCCUAAGACUUGCAGUCACAUCUUUAAUUCCAAGGAUAGAAAAAUUAGUAAAGGAGAAAGAAUAGUAAAUGCAUAUUGCUUAUUAUCAAAUUCUAUACUUUUGUGUUAAAUUUUGUAUGAGAUAAGUAUCCUAAAAUAUAAUUUCCUAAUGUGGAUUUGUGCUUUCAGUGAUUAAAUGUUUUAAUAAUUUU